AUGUCUCAACCACGCGUUUUUCCACGUUCAGGAUUUGAAAUUUUAGAUUCAUCCGAAAGAUUCGAGGAAGAAUUUUUUCCUUCUUACGCGAAGGAGUGCUACUAUCCAGUUCACAUUGGCGAGGUUUUCAACUCUCAAUAUCAGGUUGUCACGAAACUCGGUUUCGGCUCUUCGUCAACGGUAUGGUUAUGUCGAGACUUACAUAAUGAACGAUACCUGGUUCUGAAAGUCCAUGUUCAAACGAGACAGCAGCUCCCAGAAGUGCAAAUCUCGAAACACUUAAAAGCCAUUCAUGAUAUCCAUGGUGGUGAAAAGUAUGUCCGGCUUGUCCUUGACUCGUUUGAAAUCCCUGGGCCACAUGGAGUCCAUCAGUGCCUCCUUUAUCAACCCACCGGCAUUGAUAUGCGCGAUUUUAUACACUGUCUUGAGGAUAUUCAACCAAACAAUAUCCUUCUGGGUAUCGACGAUGAGUCAAUCUUGCUUGACAUGCAAGAAGAUGAGAUCUCCAACCCCGCUCCCCGAAAGCAGCUCAGCGAUCGUACAGUUUAUGCCACGCGUGCGAUGCCAUUGACAGGAGGCGAACCAAUUCUUGCUGAUCUCGGAGAGGCACGGAUAGCUGAAGGGAAAAAAACCGGCCUCAUCAUGCCAGAUGUAUACAGGGCACCAGAAGUAAUGCUGGGCAUGGAUUGGGAUAGCAAGGUAGACAUAUGGGCUCUGGGCCAGACAGCAUGGACUUUGUUCGAGGAAGGGCAUCUUUUCAAGAAUCGAACCCUUGCAGAUGAUACCGACCAUGCUCGACGUUUUGCAGAGAUGAUUUCCCUUCUCGGACCGCCUCCAGUCGAGUUUCUUAGGCGAAGUAAAGAAAGCCUCAAGUUUUGGGACGAGAACGGUAAUUGGAGGGGCUCGGUAGAAAUCCCAGAACAAUCUCUAGAAUCUCGUGAAUCUCGACUUGCUGCUGAUAAUAAGACACGUUUCCUUGAAUUCUUACGGAAGGCUUUGUGUUGGACGCCCGAAGAAAGACCAACUGCGAAAGAGCUUCUUAUGGAUGAGUGGCUGAGAGGAGAUGAUCAUUUAAUAAUGACCGACGGCAUUGGUAACUGCACACAGAAUCAAGAUGACAUGUCUCUCUAA